CAGGUGCCUGUCAGUCAUUCUGCAACCUGAGGUUUUCCGAUGUUGGAAGAGGAGCAGUGCCUCAUCAAGGUGCCAAGGAUAUCAGACAUCAAGGGCAAUCUCUGGCUUUUGUUGAUGGGAACAAUCAAUAUGUUAGUCAGAGUAUUCCAUCUUUGUGCAGAAUUCAUGCUCAAUAGAUUUGGUCAUCAUCCAUUUUGAAAGGUCAUGGACAGGGGCGAAGGUCGGUAUCUAGCCACCCUUUUUGAGGAUAAAACCUUUUUCCUCGUCAAUUAAAAGAGGAAGGAUUCAAUCAAGCAGUUAAUUUGGUUUAUUGUAGCUAUAUUUCAUUUAUCAUUGCCUUGCACAGGAGAAUGCGUGACGUACAGCCAAGUCAAUGUCAGCAGUUCUUCAAGAAUCAGUCGGAGGGAGACAGAAUGCACAGCAUCAAGCCAGCGACAGCAGAAAGUGCAGUCGAACCGAGAGGACCUGUGUCGUCGACGGGCUGAUAACCACUGCACGGAUGCCUGGUCCAUAACGGAUAUCACACUGAAUUUGUUUUAAUGUCAUCGUAUGGUUUAACUGUAGGACGCUGAAUAACAACCGUUCUUUUUCUCUGAAUCGCGCCAUCGCAGUUGGUCUUUCAUUCGGAGGGCUUGCCCUUUCUCCGGGAGUCUGGAUGGAAGCAACACUGCCAGUAGCUGAGGGAGCGGUUGGGCUGUCAGAGGCCAGGGAAGCGAGUCCUUUUUCCGGGGCCACAGCAUCCGAGGAUGCGGACACUGUCAUUGGAGUAAGCUAUGGAAUGGAUAGCGACUUCGAUUUUUCUGCUAGAAAAGCACACAUCACUGAGCUGCCUGGUGUCUCAGGCCUACCAGGCCAGGGGAAGAGGAUGGGCCACAGGGGAGUGGACGCGUCCGGAGAGACCACCUACAAGAAGACCACGUCGUCUGCCCUGAAAGGUGCCAUCCAGCUGGGCAUCGGCUACACAGUGGGCAACCUGAGCUCCAAGCCUGAGAGAGACGUCCUCAUGCAGGACUUCUAUGUGGUGGAGAGCGUCUUCUUUCCCAGUGAAGGCAGCAACCUGACUCCUGCCCACCACUUCCCAGACUUCCGUUUUAAGACGUAUGCUCCCGUGGCCUUCCGCUACUUCAGGGAGCUCUUUGGGAUCAGGCCCGAUGACUACCUGUACUCCCUGUGUAACGAGCCCCUGAUUGAGUUGUCCAACCCCGGGGCCAGUGGCUCUGUGUUCUACCUGACCAAGGACGAUGAGUUCAUCAUCAAGACCGUUAUGCACAAGGAGGCCGAGUUUCUACAGAAGCUGCUGCCUGGCUACUACAUGAACCUCAACCAGAACCCUCGUACCCUGCUCCCCAAGUUCUUCGGCCUGUACUGCAUCCAGUCUGGCGGUAAGAACAUCCGCAUGGUGGUCAUGAACAACGUUCUACCGCGCGCCGUCCGCAUGCACCUCAAGUUCGACCUGAAGGGCUCCACGUACAAACGCUGUGCCUCCAAGAAGGAGAGACAGAAGGCCAAGCCCACCUUCAAAGACCUGGACUUCAUGCAGGACCUGCAGGAUGGCCUGAUGCUGGACCAGGAUAUGUACAGCGCUCUGGUCAAGACACUGCAGAGAGACUGUCUGGUGCUGGAGAGCUUUAAGAUCAUGGACUACAGCUUGCUGCUGGGGGUCCAUAACAUCGACCAGGCAGAGCGGGAGCAGCAGAUGGAGGGAGGAGAGAAGGAUGAGAAGAGGCCCGUGGCCCAGAAGGCCCUCUACUCCACCGCCAUGGAGUCUAUCCAGGGAGGGGCCGCCUGCGGAGAGUCUAUCGACACCGACGACACGAUGGGCGGCAUCCCAGCAGUCAACGGGAAAGGAGAGCGUCUACUCCUCUACAUCGGAAUCAUCGACAUCCUGCAAUCCUACAGGUUAAUAAAGAAACUGGAGCACACGUGGAAGGCUUUGGUUCACGAUGGGGACACCGUAUCAGUCCAUCGGCCUGGCUUCUAUGCAGACAGGUUCUUCAAAUUCAUGAGCAGCAAUGUGUUCAAGAAGAGCUCCUCCUUGAAGUCUUCUCCCAUUAAGAAGGGUCGUGUGGGCCUGACGGUGCCUAAGUACACCGGCCCUGGAGCCGCCUGGUCAGCCAGCCAGUUGCCCUCGGAGGGAGACGAUAACAUAUAUGACCUGAGAGGAGCACGCAGCUUCCCCACGCUGGAGGACGAGGGGCGACCAGACCUUCUACCCUGCACCCCUCCGUCGUUUGAGGAGGCGACCACGGCCUCCAUCGCCACCACGCUCUCCUCCACCACCUCUCUGUCCAUCCCAGAGAGGUCUCCCUCAGAUGCUGGAGCAGAGAACCCCCGCUACAGGUACCAGAACAACAGCUCUGAGAGAAGGAGGCACACCCAGUCUGUCAGCCAUGACGGGAGGACCCAGGAGGAAGUGCGUGAGGAGGAGCAGCAGACCAUCACGGUGGAGGUGGAGGUGAAGCGACAUGACAGCGAGCCCAUCAUCACGGCCCCACAGCCAUCUCCAGAGACCAGUGAGAUACCAGAGGUAGCUGAGGCUUCUGCUGAUGUUGUUGCCCCACCCUCCACCUCUCCCCCGGCUCCUGAGGCCUCUGCUGCUGAGGCCCCUGACCCAGAGGCCCCUGCCAGUUCCAAGUUGGUGGUGGUGGAGGUAGAGGGGGACCGCCGGGGCAGCAUGGUGUCAGGGUCCGGCUGCACCAGCCAAGCCUCCCAGGACGACGAGGAUGAUGUAACAAUCACAGACAUCUACUUUCCCCCAGAGGACAGGACCUGGGUGUACUCCCCUCUGCACUAUGGCAGUGAGUCUAAUACCUUGCCGGAUGGGGAGGAGAGCGAGACAUAAACACUCCUCCAUAGAGCUGAGAGGUGAAUGACUCUGUGGAGAGAGGAGCCAUCAGAUUGAUCCCCAGGCCUUUGAGUGGCAGGCAGCAGAAUGAUUCCAGUCCCGACCUGUAUUUUAAACCAUGGAUACAAAAGCAGAACAGACGAAAUACUGUGAGGAAACCCCCCCUAGACAUCCCGUUAUCAUUGUGUUGAUGAUAUGAUCCAUUCCUCUCCUUUCACCCCCACCUCAACCAAAAAUGACCCUACCAUGAUAAAAACAGGGCCUCAAAUGGCUAUGCUACGUCUAGCAUGCCCCAUGAGAACAGGGGCGUUGGGUCGUCUCUGUUACUCGCCACACAUUCCCAACGGUUGAUUAAGUCAAAUGGUCACAUAUAUUUUAUUGAUAUCAUGUUAAUUUAUAUUGUUUGCUUUUUCUUUGUUUUUAGUUUAGUUUCUUUAUUUUCUGAACUUUUUUCACCACUUUAUUUAUUUUCAUAAACAGAAAAAAUGAUUGCUAGACUGUGUUUCACAAAACAUGAUUUUGUGCGUAUUUAUAAGCCUACUGUAUUAUUUGACAGGUUUAUUUUUUAGUUGUCAAGUAUUUAUUUUAACAUUUCUAUCACAGUAUUGCUACACUUCCCAUACACUCCUGCUGAAUGCACCUCUCAUGAGUCUCCAAGCCUCAAAACCAGAUCAUCGCAACACCAACUAAUGUUGAGACAUUGUCUAUCAUUUCAGAAUCCUACAUCAUUACAAUGUCUUCCAGGACCACCCAGCUUUUGGAUAAAUGCAACAACAACAACAAAUUCCAAGCAUAAUGAGUUAUUGAGUUCUCUUAAUAUGAAAUGAAAUGCCAACAGUUUAGCAAUCACAUUUUUGGCUCUGGAUUUGAGCUCCACUGGACAUGGGUAUUAGCCAGGCUAGUAGGCUAACUCAAAGUCCUCCUGACUUCAGAGUCUGGAAAGGCUAUUUUGACGUCGGCACGAUGCGACGAUAAGGAAGGGGAUGUGCUUGUUUUACUGAUUGGUUCUCUUCUGUAUUUUUCUCAUUCCAACACCCACAUGGACAGCCAUUCACAGAUAUCCAAUACAACUGUUGAAUUUUCAAAUCCAAACAACAUGAGGGCUCAACCUCUCCAGGAAAAAAAAUAAAGAAAAAAAACUAAGAACUAAUCAAAACUCAUCAGUACAUUCAGGAGCACAUCUCUGCGCAAAUACUGCAUUUACAAUGGCCUCCUUUCCAGACCAGUGUGUCACAGCUCUCCCUUGCUGUGAGUCACUUGAGUCAGAUCAGCCAGGCUAGUGACCUUAGGCUAAUGGAUUGGAUUACUUAGGACAAAUAACAAUAUCAUAUCAUGGCCAGAAUUAAUUCAUACUUCUGUUAUUUAGUAAGUGUUAAUCAGAAAGGGAAUUCAGGCUGCACUUUAUGUAUUAACCAUCAUUAGAUGUGAAAGUGACGUCUUUAUCACAAUCCUCUGGCAUAGGAUUCAUGUUUUUUAGUCUUUAUGUGGAUUACAUGUUUUAAGAUUUAAGUUACAUUUUUAACACUUUUAUUGCUCUUUUUCUGUUUCACACUUAGCUUUUUAAAUUCAAGUUGGUGUGUUUGUAUGUCUGUGUGUGAGGCAAGGUGUCAUAACUUGUAAAAUACUUACGUGCAGUGGCCAGUUAAUCAGUUGUUAAUGUCAUCAAGAGACCAUAGCAGCAAUAUUUUCUACAGUGCAGUAGUUGUAAAGUUACUUUUAAUUGCCUUAAAUAGACAUUAAAAUUAAAAUAUUGAUUUGAUUUUUCAUUCUAGUGCUGUUGUAUUUAUUCAUUUCAAGUAAUUUGUUCAAUCCCGUGGUUGUGCUCCUGAGAAUGUGUAUAUAGAAUUAUAAAUACAUAUAUAAAGAUAUAAAUAUAUUUUCAAUUUGAAUUGGAGAAUAUUAUUUUUAUUUGAUUAAAUGUUUUGCUGCCGGCAAGAAAAGAUGAAGAGCAACACAUGAAUUUCUGUACCAUAUGUUUUAAUGAGCUGACAAAAUGCAGCUCUAUUUAUGGUGUAUAAAUCACUGCUGUCUCUGUAUGAUAUCUGUAACUGAAGAGUUUUACUGUACAUGCACAUCAGUAGGGGUUCUUCCAACAGUUUAGCUGUAUUUGUGUGUGUGUGUGUGUGUGUGUGUGUGUGUGUGUGUGUGUGUGUGUGUGUGUGUGUGUGUGUGUGUGUGUGUGUGUGUGUGUGUGUGUGUGUGUGUGUGUGUGUUUUCAAAUCGCUAUGUGCCCUCACUUAGGGAGAGUCCUUUACAGAGACAGCAUGAUUUAAAAAUGAAUAUGCAUAUCAGAAAUAUGUCUAGUGCAUUGGGAAAGUAUUCAGACCCCUUGACUUUUUCCACUUUUUGUUAUGUUACAGCCUUAUUCUAAAAUAUAUUUUUCAAAAUGUAUCUCUCAAUCUACACACAAUACCUCAUAAUGACAAAGAAAAAACAGGUUUUUAGACAUUUUUGCAAGUGUAUAUUAAAAAAAAAUAACUAUCAGAUUUACAUAAUUAUUUAGACCCUUUACUCAAUACUUUGUUCAAGCCCCCUUGGCAGUGAUUACAGCGUUGAGUCUUCUUGGGUAUGACGCUACAAGCUUGGCACACCUGUAUUUGUUGAGUUUCUCCCAUUCUUCUUUGCACAUCCUCUCUGUCAGGUUGUAUGGGGAGCGUCGCUGCACAGCUAUCUUCAGGCCUCUCCAGAGGUGUUCGAUCGGGUUCAAGUCCAAGCUCUGGCUGGGCCACUCAAGGACAUUCAGAGACUUGUCCUGAAGCCACUCCUGCGUUGUCUUGGCUGUGUGCUUAGGGCUGUCCUGUUUGAAGGUGAACCUUCGCCCCCAGUCUGAAGUCCUGAGCGCUCUGGAGCAGGUUUUCAUCAAGGAUCUCUCUGUACUUUGCUCCGUUCAUCUUUCCCUCGAUCCUGACUAGUCCCUCAGACCAUGCCACUGAAAAACAUCCCCACAGCAUGAUGCUGCCACCACCAUGCUUCACCGUAGGGAUGGUGCCAGUUUCCUCCAGAUGUGACGCUUGGCAUUCAGGCCAAUGAGUUCCAUCUUGGAUUCAUCAGACCAGAGAAUCUUGUUUCUCGUGGUCAGAGUCCUUUAGGUGCCUUUCGGCAAACUCCAAGCGGGCUGUCAUGUGCCUUUUACUGAGGAAUGACUUCUGUCUGGCCUGAUUGGUGGAGUGCUGCAGAGAUGGUUGUCCUUCUGGAAGGUUCUCCCAUCUCCACAGAGGAACUCUGAAGCUCUUUCAAAGUGACCAUUGGGUUCUUGGUCACUCCAAUCAAGUUGUAGAAACAUCUCAAGGAUGAUCAAUGAAACAGGAUGCACCUGAUCUCAAUUUUGAACAAAGGGGCUGAAUACUUAGGUUAUUUCUGUUUAUUUUUAAUAUAUUUGCUAAAAUGUCGAAACCUGUUUAUGCUUUGUCAUCAUGAGGUAUUGUGUGUAGAUUGAUGAGGAAAAACAAUCAAUUUUAGAAUAAGGCUGUAACGUAACAAAAUGUGGAAAAAGUUAAGGGGUCUGAAUACUUUCCAAAUGCACUGUAUAUCUGUGUAUAUUCAUCUAUUUAUACACCUAUACAUAAAUAGGUGUGUGUGUGUUUGGACUCAAUAAAGCAGUUAUAUGUCUAUGAAAUAGAGUAUUUGCCCAUGUUUCCAAAGUUGUGUGUGUCUGUGUAAUUCCAUGUCUAUAUAGCUGAUGUUGGCAAGCAGGGUAUUCCCUCCAUGUGUCUCUCGUGCUACUGUUCAGCGUAUGCUGUGAAAAACAAUCUUCGUUGUGAUGUGCUUGAUUUUCGUGUGGCCUUUUCCCCUUAGCUUGCAAUAAAGCACACAGAAGAUACAUUUUAAGAGAAGCAUAUUGACCUGCUUAGUAUAGAAUUCAACUUUUCAAUUGGUGAGAAUAGCAACAUGAUGUUCAAGGCACAGUACUCAAAAAUAUCUUUGAUUUAUGACAUCUUAUCUGAGCAGUACUGGUGAAUGAGGGAGGUAAAGAACAUGUUUCAUAACAACACUCAGGAAAAUGUUACUGUAGUUGGUCCUCAUCACUACAGAAACGUUUCUGAGGUUACCAGUGAGUCACUUGUCAACUGAGCUGAUUAUUAUGCUAAACCACAAAUGAAGUUCAUUACUAGACUGGUGGUUACACUUUUAAGUAGGAGGCCUACAGCUAUAACAAUACAAUUGAAUAGUAGGAAAGUGUUUAAAUAUGUUAUGCAAUCAUGGUUUUAUUAUGUCAAAAUUAUGAGGUUCUUAUGAAAUAUUUUGAUAAGUAUUGAUCCUUAAUUUGUCUGUUCUAAUGAAAUGUAAUAAAUGUUCUCAACAGUUGUUUGCACCGUUACCUGCCCAUAUUGUGGCUAUAUAAUCUUUAUUUUGAUUAUCUUUUUAAAUUGAAUUUUCUCAUUGGUAUUUUGCUUGAAUGUUUUACAUAAGAGAAAAUAUGCCCUGUGACAGUGCCAUUUCAUUAAAACAUUGAGCUAUAUAUCUGACACCAGUGACAUUAAAAUGUCUUGUCAAAUGUCUGGUCCCGUGUGUCUCAGUUGGUAAAGCAUGCCGCUUGCAACGCCAGGGUUUUAGGUUGAUUCCCACGGGGGACCAGUAAGAAAAUGUAUACAUUCAGUACUGUAAAUCGCUCUAGAUAAGAGCGUCUGAUACAUUUCUGAAAUGUAACCAAAAGAAACUGUCAAAGCGCUGGGAUGAUUCAAUUGUAUGUCCUUUUCUUAAUUUAUAUGUCAAUAAAAAGUUGCGCAAAAACAAAUUAAGUAAAACAAAAUCAUUUUUAAAACGAAUACCAACAUGUCUAUUUAUGUCAAUGCAUUCACUACUGUAAAUCGCUCUGGAUAAGAGCGUCUGAUAAAUUACUCAAAUGUAACUAAAAUAAACGGUCAAAGUGCUGGGAUGAUUCAAUUGUAUGUCAUUCUCCUAAUUUACAUGUCAAUAAAAAAAACGAAUACCAA